GUGUUUUUGUUUACUAGGGAACCUCGCGUGCUCCGACAGCAUUUAGCAAACCUACAAAGCUAGCCGCGAUACGCAAAAGUAAACAGACGUGAAAUUAUAAACAUGUAUGUAUUUUUUUAUUUAUGCGUUUAUUAGUUGCUCCGUGUGGACAUAGUGAGGUUUUAAAAUGACGCUAAACUCCUCGUCGACGGCGGGCUAGCGGCUAACGUUAGCUAGCAUCUUGACGUUAGCUGUGUCUUUAGGCUAAUUUCAGACAUUAUGAGGUCCCUGAAUUAUGUCCAACGUGUUAGUUUGGACUUUACGGGGACGCUCUUUCCACACGCUAUUUGCUUGGGAGAUGCUGACAACGACACGCUUAACGAGCUGGUGGUGGGCGACACCAGCGGGAAGCUGCACGUGUACAAGAACGACGACUCCAAGGCAUGGAUCACCAGGAGCUGCGUGGGCAUGCUGACGUGCGUGGCAGUAGGCGACGUGUGCAACAAGGGGAAGAACUUUGUGGUGGCUGUGGGAGCCGAGGGCUGGUUCCACCUCUUCGACCUGACCGCCAGCAAAGCGGAUUCGUCCAGUCAGCACGACGCUCUCCACGCGGACGAGCAGAAGCCCUUCUUCACGCAGCACAUCCCGGCCAACACCAAAGUCAUCCUCAUCAGCGACAUCGACGGCGACGGCCGCAGCGAGCUGGUGGUGGGCUACACCGACCGGGUGGUGCGGGCGUUCCGAUGGGAGGAGCCCUCGGAAGGUUCUGACGGGGGGUCCGGUCAGCUGGUCCUGCUGAAGAAAUGGCUUCUGGAGGGACAGGUGGACAGCCUCUCCGUGAACCCGGGUCCCGAGGGCCUGCCAGAGCUGAUGGUGUCCCAGCCGGGCUGUGGCUACGCCAUUCUUCAGUGCUCCUGGACGCAACAAGACUCUCCCCACAGCGGCGGCGGCGACGAGGAGGAUGCGCCUGCCACGCCCGGGAGUGAGGGCCCUUCCCGAGAUGUAGUCCUCCAUCUGACCACCGGGAGGAUCCACAACAAGAACGUGUCCACUCACCUCAUCGGAAGCAUCAGCAAAGGCUCCAAGGAGGAAUCUUCCAAAUGCGGCCUCUUCGCUCUUUGCACUUUGGAUGGAACCCUGAAGCUGAUGGACAGCUCGGAGCAGCUGCUGUGGUCGGUACAGGUGGAUCAUCAGCUCUUCGCCCUGCAGAAGCUGGACGUCACGAGGGACGGCCGCGAGGAGGUGGUGGCGUGCGCCUGGGACGGCCAGACCUACAUCAUCGACCACAACCGCGCCGUGGUGCGCUUCCAGUUUGACGAGAACGUCAACGCCUUCUGCGCGGGUCAGUACACGUGCAAGGAGGGCAAGAACAGCCCGUGCCUGGUCUACGUCAGCUUCAACCACAAGAUCUACAUCUACUGGAAGGUGGAGCUGGAGCGCAUGGAGUCCACCAGCCUGCUGCGCGUGCUGGACCAGAGGCCAGAGUUCAAAGGUCACCUGCAGACGCUGGGAUUGGGAGGCGCUGACCCGGCGGCCAUCAGAGCUCUGCUGGCGGAUGUUCUCUACGCUGACGCCUCCCCCUCAUGAGAACCGACGACGUCCUGAAAGGAGCUCUACCGUCACACCGCCGCCCCUCCUCCCCCCGUGUUUUACGU